AUGAUCAGCGUUCAUGGCUCAGCCAAUGAGAAGCUGCGGGGGGCGGGGCAUAGAGUCAGCCUGCAACACAACAGAGUCCUCUUCAAACGGAAACCAGGACCAGGACCGGCAGCACACAGCGGAAUGGAGCAGAACCAGGACCCGGAGGACUCCAGUAGACCAGCAGCAGGCUCUGAUAGCACCGAUGUUCAGGAAGGAAGAGAGAGACUCAAACGGCACCACUGUCAGCUCUGUGACAAAACCUACUCAACAGCUGGAAAUUUAAAGGUUCAUCUCCGCAUCCAUACUGGAGAGAGACCUUACAGCUGUGACCAAUGUGGGAAUGCUUUCAAUAAAAAACACAACCUGAGAUAUCAUCAACGUAUCCAUACUGGAGAGAGACCAUACAGCUGUGACCAGUGUGGGAAUACUUUCAAUGACAUACAGAACCUGAGAAUACAUCAACGCAUCCAUACUGGAGAGAGACCAUACAGCUGCGACCAAUGUGGGAAUGCUUUCAGUCUACUACAGAGCCUGAAAAAUCAUCAACGCAUCCAUACUGGAGAGAAACCUUACAGCUGUGACCAAUGUGGAAAAACUUUUUCUCACAGUGUUAGCCUUGAAUACCACCGACGCAUCCACACUGGAGAGAAGCCAUACUGGUGUGACCAAUGUGGGAAAACCUUUUCUCAGAGUUCUAACCUUAAAACUCAUCAAUGGGUUCACACUGGAGAGAAACCCUAGUGGUGAGACUAAGGCAGGAAAACUUUUUCUCUGAGUGGUAGUUUUUUAGAAAAAAUAAAAGUUGUUAGAGCAUUAUUAGUAGCCUUUUUUCUUUUUGAUAUCCACAUCAUAAGAUUGUCUUAUGCCUUCAAUAAAAACAGAUUGCUCAUUGUGCAGUCGGAUUAAAGUUCCUGGUGUUGGUCUGUUCUCUUAAAGCCUCCUGCGACUCCCUCACUGUCACAGGUAGGAAACUCUUUGGGAUAGGCUCAGUGUUUUAUGUGAAACUUUUGAUGCUGAACUGAACAUUUUUACCGUUGAAUUAAACGGAAAAUGUCCAGCUGGAAACCACAUCAUCCCUCAAAUUGUUCUUUGUCCUGAAUUAAUGAACCAAGAGAGGAGAUGGAACACCAGCUCAUGCAUGUCUAAAGCAUUUUUU